AUGCGAGCUAACGUAUUUCCUGUCGAAAGAAUUGUUGAAUAUGCCACGCGAGAGCAGGCUCAGCAGGCUGUCGCCCAGCUUAGCAACCAAAACCUGAUGGGCCGCCUAGUAUAUGUCCGAGAGGAUCGCGAAGCCGAACCACGAUUCAUCGGUUCGCCCAGCGGCAGCCGUGGUGGAUUCGGAGGAGGCGGCGGUCCCGGUGGCUACAGCUCUGGAUACGGCGGCGGUCCCGCUCCUGGAGGUAGCGGUCGUCAACUCUACGUGGCCAAUCUCCCUUUCAACGUGGGCUGGCAAGAUCUGAAAGAUCUCUUUCGACAGGCUGCACGCAUUGCCGGCGUCAUUCGUGCUGACGUUCACAUGGGACCUGAUGGCCGACCUAAGGGCUCGGGUAUUGUUGUAUUUGAAAGCCCGGAUGAUGCUCGCAACGCCAUCCAGCAGUUCAACGGUUACGACUGGCAGGGACGUAUGCUCGAAGUCCGCGAAGACCGCUUCGCCGGCGGCGGCGGCAUGGGCUUCCCCGGUCGUGGUGGCUAUGGUGGUGGCAUGCGUGGAGGCUUCGGCGGAGGCGGCGGCUAUGGCCGUGGCGGCUUCGGCGGCGGGCGCGGCGGCUUUGGAUUCGGUGGCCGUGGAGGCUUCGCUGGAGGCGGCGGCGGCGGCUUUGAUGCUCCAGCUGCUAACCCGGUACCACCGAACCCCUUCACCGACCACGCCACCACGGGCACGGAGAGAAGUGAGACGAUCUAUGUUCGAAACCUACCGUGGUCCACGAGCAACGACGAUCUGGUCGAACUAUUCACCACGAUAGGCAAGGUGGAGCAAGCUGAGAUUCAGUAUGAGCCAAGCGGUCGGUCUCGAGGCUCCGGAGUAGUCCGCUUCGACACCGCCGACACCGCCGAUACCGGCAUCGCCAAGUUCCAGGGUUACCAGUACGGCGGUCGCCCGCUCAAUCUGAGCUUCGUCAAGUAUCUGAACCAGAGUGGAGGCGAGAGCAUGGAGACCGACGCUCCCCAUGGAGGCCUGACGCAAGACCAGAUCAUGUAA